AUCAGCACAGGAAUGGCAAUAGCUGGAGUAAUUUUACUUGCAAAGAGUGUUAAGUUGACGACCAAAUUCACAAAUGCUCUGGAAAUACCAAUAGAAUUUAUAGAGAAGAAUGUUAAGCUGCGGGGACGGUUACACCAGAUAACUGAGCAAGGAUUAGAAAUCGAACACGUUCCUGUUAUCCUUCCGAUAAUUUCAUCACUGCAGAGGAGAUGGCUCACACAUGGUUUACUGAUAGUCAGACUCGCUGGUGUGGAGCUAACACCAGAUGGUACAGUCUGGUUAAAAAAAGAGUUAAAACCCUCCCAAAUGAUGUGGUUCCAGCUUCUUGGAAGGAAGGAUUCAAUGCUUGAUUGCCUUGUGGUAGUCAAUAAGGGCAGGUUUUCGAGCAUCUGUCUGAAUGAAGAGAUCCUGAGACAAGGGCUGGGCAGGACUGUUGGGGUCGAAGGACUGACUCAUGAAUCCCGGAUAUACUGGAAGCUUCACAAGAGGCUGCUCCAAGCGGAACUGAAGGCCGUGAAGAGAAACAAAGGGAUCUGGAAAGAAGCAACAUUCCUUGAGAAACUCAGAGAGCGUAUAAAUAAUAACAAAUACAUGCAGAAGUUAAAACAGUUUGCAACCUGGCUGAGAAUCCGCCUCUGAAACACAAAGGUUUUUUUUGUU